AGUAAACCAGCGCCUAUCAACCAAUACAUCACGGAAGCUUUUGUUGUGUGUGUAGCUGUCAGUCGGCCUUGUUUGUAGAAAAUCGGCUCGUAGGAGAGCAUAUGAAGGCAGGAAAGCAAAGCAAAGCAAAAAAAAAAAAAGUUGCAACGAGAGUGUGACUUGUCUCGACAGUCCGAAAAUAAAGACAAGAUUCUUGGGGGCCAGCACACCGUACGGCCGCAGUCGGUGGCAAAAAAUAACACAAAAACCAAGUGAAGGUGGUGAUCGGGACACGGGCAACGACGACGGGUUGGCGCAGCGUUUUGCUUCGGUUGCACGAAUGAUUACGCCCAGGGCCCGUCCGCUCGGAACGCGUACGAUCGUACCGAAAAGGCAUUGACUUGCUGUAGGGUCCGUACCAGGACGUUGAUAUUUAGUGCAAACUGCAGCGGCUGCAUCUAGGAUAUGGCAUCGGUGUCUCGGAAGCUGCCGUCCAAACUAUAUGCUAUUCAAGCUCAUAGCAGCAAAGUAACAUGCCUAGACAUUGGAGAGACCGGACGCGUGCUGGUUACAGGAGGCCAAGAUCGAAACAUAAAGCUAUGGACAUUCGGUGACGAAAAGUGUUUUAUGACACUGCCCGGUCACAAUUCGUCGAUUGAAUGCGUGAAAUUUGCCUACUCGGAUGACUUUGUCUACUCGGCAGACGAUACGGGAGUCAUUAAGCGGUGGAACUUGAAUGCAUCCGAUUCGACCUCCCUGUUCGGGCACAUGAAGAGUGUCCGCACGCUAGACUUUUAUCCAUACAGUGACACGUACCUCGUGUCCGGCAGCAACGACACAUCGAUCCGGCUGUGGGAUGUGCGGGAUAAGGUGUGCAUUAAACGCUAUCGGGGUCACAUGUCGCACGUAAACUCGGUCAAAUUUUCCCCGGAUGGUUCGUGGAUUGCGUCGGCCGGUGCUGAAGGAAGCGUUAUUAUAUGGGACAUCAGAAUGAGCAAGCUGUUUAUGGAGUUUACCGAACGACAGACACCGGCCACGUGCGUCAAGUAUCAUCCCACCGAUCUGCUGAUGGCUGCCGGCCGAAGCGACGGUACGGUCGAUCUGUACGAUCUCGAGAAGCGGCAGCUUAUAACGCAAACGCCCGCACUGCACAGUUCGGGUGCGGUUGCCGGUGGCCAACCGGUGCGCUGCAUCACGUUCGACGAGAGUGGCAAGUGUUUGUUCGUCGGUACCGGGGCCGGCAUUACGGUGGUGGGAUGGGAACCGGACCGCGAGUACGAUCGAAUCGAUUCCAACUGGAGCCAGCUGGGCGACAUGAAGAUUGCCGGCUCGAAGCUACUGUUCGGCACGUACGAGGACGCAUCGGUAGCGAUCCAGGCCGUGCCGCUGGGCCAUCUACGUGCCUUCUACAACACUCAAAGUCAAUCACAAUCAUUCACCCACAAUCAAACGUCUCGCAAGAGCUUCAGCCGUGGUAGCGGCAAGGUGCGCCUGUCGAUCGGGGCCGGUGGCAGUGGCGGGGGCGGUGGUGCGAGCAUCUCAUCCGAUGCGGGACAGGAUGGCGAAGCUGGCAGCGGCAAUGGGGGCGGGAUGUCGCCGAAUUUAAACAUCGAAAUGAUCGACGAGGAAGAUGCGACGAACGGUAGUGCGUUCGAGUUUGAUCUACCACCCACAAAAGGAGCGCUGGACGAGCUGGGAAAUGGACGGAUGGCGGUCGGUGGAUCGAACGUAGGAUUCUCGUUUCCGGCAGGUCCGGUAGAAACGGGAUUGAUGCCAUCGGCUGGUCCGCUUGCAAACAAUCACUAUCUAGUGCGCGAGGAGAUGCAGAUGUACAAUCUGACCAAUCUCGACUACUAUCCGCUACCGAAGGGAAUCGUGCCAGAAGCAGAAAAGGAAGAUUUUCCCGUCAACAGCGCGCAACCACCGGACUACGCACCGAAGAGUGCCAGCCAGCCCAUGCCCGGCGGGACGAGUUCGAUGUACGUGAAUGGGAAUGCUGGUGGGACCGGUGGAUCCGGUACCGGCAAAAGCGGUGCAACCGGUGCGAGCGGUCGCAUCGGCAAUGUGCGUUCGACGGCCGGCACGGCGUCCGAUCAGCGACGACCGGGAAGCGUUCACGGUGGUGGUGUAGGCCAUAGUCGAUCGGCCGGGAAUCUGGUGCGUCGGCUUGCCACCUCCAAGAGUACGCUUGAACUCAACAAACUGCCCGCGGACGAAGCGGUAACGUUCAAGAAACCGAUCAGCCGGGGCAGCUCACCCAUACGGCAGCAGAGCCACGCACCACCGUACCACAGCACCGGGUCCAGCUCGAGCAAAAUUCAGCGCAGCGAAAGCAGCGCACAGAUCGCAUCCCUCCGCAACGGUACGAACGGUGGCCCGGACCGGGCUCGGCCGCAUAACGCAAACGUGAAGGUGCAAAUCGUCACCAAACCGGUACGGUCCAAAACCUCACUCGACAUCCGUCACCACCAUGGCCACCGCAAUGCGACGAGUGGACCGGCGAGCGGUAUGUACGGGCAGCGCGUGGCAUCCAGCGUGCAUCCGAACGCACCGGACGAGGUGCUGGCCGAUUAUGGUGGCGGCAGCAGCAGCAGCAACAUGGGAGCGCUUAUGUUAGAUCCAUCCACGCACGGAUCCACCAUUCUGCGGUACGACAGUACGAGCAUGGAGUACGAAAUACAGAUGUUGCGCAACGAGCACGACACGACGCUGCAGGCACUGUGCAAUCGCUCCGCACUACUAUCGGCCAUCCGGAACUACACGAAAUCGGGUGACGUCACUGGCGCGCUGAAGGUGGCAGUACGCAUGAACGAUCAGCAUAUACUGGUCGAUGUGCUUGGCGCAAUAUUGGAGAAAACCUCCCAAUGGACUCUCGAUAUGUGUGUGCUGCUAUUGCCAAAGGUGUACGAUCUGCUACAGAGCGAAUAUAAAUUCCACUGCACCCGUGCCUGCGAUACGUUACGCGUCAUACUGUCCACGUUUUUGCCCGUGAUACGGGAGAACACAGAUCCGUGGGGCGCGUGUACGAUCGGCGUCGACGUUAGCCGGGAGGAGCGCCAGAGCAAGUGUCUCGAGUGCAAGAACUGGCUGCUGCGAAUACGAAGUUUGCCGGAAAACCCGAGGGCGGGCAGCAGCUUGCAGCAGCUGCAGAACAUGAUAGUGGACAUUUGAUAGAUGCUGUACGCCGGUCCUGCCUUUCCUUUCCUUCCCGGUUCCGGCUGUUCUUCGUGACGACGGAUGCAAGCUGUGGUGAUGGCUGCGGUGAUCAAGCGGACCAUUGCUCUCGGGAUCCCGGUUUUUAUUCUUUCUCUAACCUCUAAUUGACAGUGAUUUUAUAGUGCGUGUGUUGGGGGCGAAAGGACACGACGGAGCGUCCUCAAUAUUAGCGCCCAAAUAGCGCGGACUCCGUUCCAACUUUACGACUGUGAGCUAUAGCGUCAGACACAACAGAUAAGCCGGUUCACAUUCACAUGGUGAUCGAAAACCUCAACUGGAAAAUGGCCUUUACCGGUCAGCGUACACGGUGCGCGACUGAAACGUGUGGACUGGAAUCCGAUUGCAUAUCAUCCUAUAGCAAGAAACUAGGUAAGAGAGCGAGAGAUGGCGGGAGGAUUAGUGUGAUUCAACUGUAGCUUUCAAAAAGCGUAUUGCCUGCCAGAUUGUGCUGCAUCCUUCCAUGCCAUGUGUAUGUUCCCCGGAAAUGUUGAUUGAUUUUUUUGCUCUUCGAACUCUCGAAAGCUGAACAUUUUAAUGGAAUUAUAACGUAUAUUUUGAACUUUUUGUUGCUGUUAUUAACUAUUUGCAUCACAAGCGAUCACUUUUUAACCUCCAAUGAAAACCCAACGGCAGAUUGAACAUUUAAAGACAUCCCAUAACAACGCAAACAUAGUCGAAUAAGAGCCGAUUUCGGGCUCUCCGGGAUUUUCUAUCCUUGCCUCCAUGUUUUUUUUUUUUUAAACCCGGUUAAAGUGGUAAAGAUAAUAUAGGAAGUGUAAAAAAAGAAGAGUAAUACAAUUUUUGCAUUUGCGUCAGAUUAGAGAUUUGCCGCUGUGCCUACCCUUUUCCACACGUGCUCCCAUUCCUUAACUUAUAUAAAGCUCGCAUUUUUGCUCUAGGCUGUAUGACUGUGUUUUAAUGGACGCUUUCGCUUUUGUAAUUUAACUUUUUUUUUUUUUUUGCUUUCCUUCGAACAAACCCAUUAUUAAUGCUUCUGGUUAACGAUAUUUAAUAAGACUGAAGGUUCUGUCGUUUGCUUUUAAUUGAGGAUAAGUAGAAGGAACCGGCCUGUACUAGGAUACACUAAACAGAAUAUUAAAAAUCCAUGCUCUUUUUGGGGGCGGUUAGAAGCCGUACUCGUAAUGACUAAUAGGAGAUCACUUCAUAUAAGCUAACGCGGUUAUUGUAGCCGGCAGUUUUACGAGGAGGAGUAGGGAGAGUUUGCUGUAACAUAUUAAGUUAACAUUUGCUCUGGAAAACCGAACGUGUUGUUGAACUAGCAGGAGAAUGAUGGGACAAAAGGUGUGCGUGCGGAUGUGUGUGAGAGUGCGUGUGUGUGUGUGUGUGUGUGUAGUGAUCGGCACUAACCAAAAAAAUACUAGAUUUACCUUGAAUAGCUGCAUGCCUAAAAGUAUAUAGUGAUAUACAUUUGAGCGCUGGCAACGAAUGCUAGGAUAGUUAGGACAAUAACGAGCAGAUAUGGAUCGCCUAAUAUACUAAACCAUGUCCUCCUUCGUCACCUUGCGUCCUCCAUCCUUCAACCUCCUCCCCCCCCCCCCCCCUCCCUGCUACCAUUUUCAAACCACAGAGAGUCACACACGAAGAAGCAUAUAACGGUAGAGAUCACUAAAAUUACUCAAGAGUAAUAACACCUAAAGCGUGCUGUUGGAAGAAUCGUUAAAUGGUUUGCUGUCGAUAUUCAAAAACACUCCUGGUAAAUGGGAAGAAAACAAUCGAGCUGUACAUUGAGCGUGGACAUACCCCUUCAAUCUGCACAAUAAUAUUUUAAACACUCACGAAGAAAUACAAACCCCGAAACUUCGCA